ACUAAGGGGGCGGGGACAGGAAUGUAUUGACACGUUCUCAUUUCAGCCUCUUCUGGCCAGUCGGAGGCGGUAUGCAAAUAGCUGUCCCAGCUUGCGCUCAGCAAACCCAAAGAGCUUUCAGAUUGUCCCUGAGUGCGGUCUAGCUGCUGCGUUUGUUUGAAAUCCACUCAUAGCCGCCACGCACUCUAACACCUUGAUCCGGAGUUAGCGCUGGGUUCUGCACUCUCCAAUGUGGGUUUUGUAACGAUUGAGAGGACCCAGAGGAGAUCCAGCAAGCAUGAAGUACAAGAAUCUCAUGGCAAGGGCCUUGUAUGAUAAUAUGCCAGAAUGUGCAGAAGAACUGUCUUUCCGGAAAGGUGAUAUUUUGACAGUGAUUGAGCAGAACACUGGAGGACUGGAAGGAUGGUGGCUUUGUUCUUUACAUGGCCGGCAAGGUAUCGCUCCUGGAAAUCGUUUAAAGCUUCUCAUUGGCCCUGUUUCAGAGAGCUACAAACAUGAAAACAUGAAACAAGAGGUGCAUCCUCAAAUUGUUGUACCUCAGCAAAUCUACCAAGUGCCACAGGCCUCUCACCAAGACUCUAUUUAUCAAGUCCCACCAUCCCCACACAAUCCAGUUGUCUAUAAGGUGUCCAGAGGAUACGCUUCAGAAAAUAAAAAACCUAUGACAGCUUUACCUGAAAGCAUGGAUAGUUCUCCUGGUAACAACGUCAAAUGCCAGCCAAGGAUGAUGGCACAGGGUUACAGUAGUCCUGAUUGUACUUCACGGUGGCAGGCAAACGUCUAUGACAUUCCUCCUACUCGACCUCAAGGGGUGUAUGAUGUGCCAGCAACUGUUAAAGGUUCAAAGUAUUCAAGCUCACCCCCCAAGGAUCAAGGAAUCUAUGACGUUCCUUCUUCACAAGGGGUCUACAAUACCUUACCACCCAACAAUGGGAAGAUGUAUGACUUUCCGUCUUCAAGUAAAAAGACAGUAGAACCUACUUAUGAUAUUCUUCCUCCAAGUUCUACAAGCUUUCCUCAGGAGAAAAGCAGCAAACUCAGCAUGGUAACUUCACCUCAGCUAGAAGCUACAAGAAAAUCAAGUGUUUAUGAUUUUCCACGUAGCCAGCAGACUCAGUCUCAAUCAGAUGAUUAUGACUUUCCACGAGGAGUUCAAAGUGAAAACUUUGUUUCAGAUGGCCAAGAUGGGGUAUAUGACUUCCCCCCACAGGCCCCAGUGAGUAGUAAAGUGGUACAAGAUGUAACUGAUGGUGUAAAUCGGUUGUCUUUCUCAAGCACUGGAAGUACGAGAAGUAACAUGUCAACAUCUUCCACAACAUCCAAGGAGUCAUCUGUCACUUCAUCCCCUUUACAAGAACCAAAGUUACUUUUAGAUCCAGACACAGCCAUAGAAAAACUUUUAAGGUUACAACAUAUGGUGGAAGUAUCUGUAUCUCAAUUAACAGCUUUUGUUAAUUCAGAAUGGCGCUCUUAUAAAUACAUGGAGAGGCAUAUCAAUGAGAUUCAUAGUGCUGUGGACCAUGUUGAGCGGUCUCUGGGUGAGUACCUUCAGCUUGCCAAAGGGGCCACGACAAAUGCUUCUUACUUACAGGAAACUGGCCUUUAUAAUAAAAUGAGGAGGGAGUUCCAGCGGUUGGAUGAUUCUUAUCAUAUUCUCGUGCAGACAAGUCAGGAUCUGAACAGUUGUGGUUGGUCUAUAAAUGUGCUUGCUAUCAACAAAGCAAACAACAAAUGUGACAGUCUGGAACGUUUUGUCAUGGUGGCAAAGACAAUCAUAGAUGACGCCAAGCAGCUUACCACCACCAUCACUAUUAAUGCAGAGCUUUUAUUUAAGCAGUCAACUACCAUUUGCCAUAAAAAGAGACCAUCAGAUUCCAUCAGUUUCAGCACAGACUACAUGUGCAACACAUCUCAGCCCCAGGUUAUACAUGAUGAUAUGCAAAGCAAGAUGCUUCCUCACAUGUUAAAAGAGCAGUCUUCAAAAUCCUUAAGAAGCUGGAUGGAUGACUAUGACUAUGUGCAUCUACAGGGGAAAGAGGAGUUUGAAAGGCAGCAAAGGGAACUUUUGGAAAAGGAAAAUAUCACGAAGCAGGGAAAACCACAACUGGAACAGUAUCAGCUGAACAAGUUCCAGCAGCUGGAGCAAGAGAUUACUGCACCUGUGGAAAACGAUAUGACCAAGUGGAAAUCACCACAUGGCAUCCAUGCAGAAAACAGUUCUCUUGUGCCACAAGAAAAAAGACUGCUCUCUUUUUACUCGAACCAGUGUGAAUCGCUCUUCAUUUCUCUCCUGAAUGCAAUCGAUGCCUUUUUCAACUGCAUGAGUUCAGGACAGCCUCCAAGGAUAUUUGUUGCUCAUAGCAAGUUUGUCAUCUUGAGCGCCCACAAACUGGUAUUUAUUGGGGACACGCUGGCCAGGCAGGUGGUCACACAGGAUAUAUGUAAGAGACUAAUGAAUUCCAGCAACCAGCUUUGCGAACUUCUUAAGACAAUUGUAAUGGCUACCAAAAUGGCUGCUCUAAACUAUCCAAGCUCUGCAUCUUUGCAAGAAAUGGUGGACAGAGUAACUGAACUGUCCAAUCAAGCCCAACUCUUUAAACUUUCUUUGGCACAGAUGGCUUCCUUAUGAAAAGAUUGAUGUAUAUUAUAUGUAUAUAUAUUAUGGCCAACAGAAAAAGAGACUCAUUCAGUGUAUGCUUUGUAAAUAUAUUUUUGUAGAUAUUUUUCUAUAUUGAUAAAAAGCAAUUACUUUAGCAGAAGAGUAUUUUAUUUUGAUUAUUUUAUGAUAUUAAACUAACAUGUAUGUUACAUGGCAAACAUUCCUCAUAUACUUCCCAAAAAGCACCUUAUGUUUUGUUAAAAGCAGUUUUAAGGUUUACUUAUAUGAAUUGCAAAAUGUCAUUUUUUGGGGGGUGGGAUUAUUUUCAUAUGAUAUGCAGUGUGCCAUUUUGGCACCAAUUAACUUGGUGCCCUACAAAUAUUCUUGUUGGCAGCUCCAAGAGGGAUAUUACAAGAUUAGAAAUCUCAGUGUGUCUUGUUGAGAGUUGCACUGCAAUUUAAAUACCGUAGUGUAUGUUUACAAAGAAAAAUGAACAUAUUUAUACAAAA